AUGGACGAAUUGAAGGCUCCCACCACCAGCGAACAGAGCCUGGCAACCUGGUCACCAUCCACGCGCCGGUCGCCGAAUGCCAGCAAUGCAGACCUUGCGAAACUCUCCCUUCCCAGCACAGCCGACCCGCCGUCUGCCUCGAAUCCGCCCAAACAGAAAAUUUGGCUCAUUUUCGGCGCCACAGGCCACAUGGGCCGAUCGGUGACCAAAACGGCACUAUCUCAUGGCGACAUCGUCAGUGCUGUUGGGCAAUCGCUCGAAGACACACCCUCCUCUAUGGAGAACUGGCAUGACGACCCGGACCGGUACCUUGGACUGUUAUGCGACGUACGGAUCCGGGAGACUGUAGCCAGCGCGAUUGACAAGACGAUAAAGCAUUUCGGCCGUAUCGACAUCAUCGCCAACUGUGCUGGGUACGGGGUCAUAGGGGCGUGCGAGGACCAAGACGAGCACGAGAUCCGCAACCAGUUCGAGACCAACUUUAUGGGCACGCUCAACAUCAUCCAGCUAUCGUUGCCCUAUUUCCGCAAACGUCAGUCUGGCCGGUAUCUGGUCUUCAGCAGCACAUCGGGCGCCCUGGGCGUGCCGGGGCUUGGUCCCUACUGCGCGACCAAGUACGCGGUGGAAGGACUGAUCGAAAGCAUGCUGUACGAAGUGGACCAGUUCAGCAUCAACGCGACGCUCGUCCAGCCGGCCCAUCUGCGCCGUGACGACGUGCACGUCAUGGCCAACGGUCAGCGGCUGCCCAUGUUCGGCCACUUCAAGGUGGCCAAGGCCUCGGAGCCAUACAUGGGCAAAGACGCCCCCGCGGCCCACGCCCAACGUACCCUGCACUGGAUCGGCGACAAUCAACCAACCAGCGUCGUGAAGGCCGCCGAACUCAUCUGGCAGCUCGGCCAUUGUCGCUACCCGCCCUUGAGGCUGCUGUUGGGCAGUUACGCCGUCGACAGUAUCCGCGACCGGCUGAAGAGCAUCAUCGAGGAGAUUGAAGAUUGGAAACAUCUCAGCUUCCCGCCCCUGGAGGGCCACGAGGAAAAGACGGCCGAAGAUGACGAUGGCGAGGGUGAGGCCGACAGGGAUGGGGAAGACGAUGACGAUGACGCCGAUGCAGAGGGCUACAGAGAGGGAGAUGACGAUGAUGACAAUGACGAAAAUCUAGCGACAGAGGUUGAGCACGAUCUCGGUUCUGUUGAGGGGCAGCGGACAUCUAUACGUUCCAUCAAAGUCGAGCAUAUGGAUCUGGACGACUGA